UAAGGCUGCAAACUGUCGUUUGAAAGAAAAACGAAAAAAAUGUGUUGUAUUUUCGAAUAGCUCCAUCUCUUAAUUCCGAUUUAGAUUGAUGUAGAACGCUAAAUUCGAUAAGACGCAAAGGAUUUUUUGUUUUCCAUAUACGAUGUAAUUAGCUCCAGCGGAUUACUCAGAAUAGAAAACACUCAAAAUCAAUUCUCACCGAACUCUCACUCCAAAACAAAACAAAUCUACUCCGAAUUUAACGUUUUCUCGGAGUGUAUUUUCUCAUCUCCCAGUCACUCUCAAUCGUACUGAAUCUCUUCCUUUGGCUUCCCACAAAGUAGAGCUAGAGGGAAAACUAGAAGAAAGUCAAAUUUUGAAUCUAAAUCUUUCAGUUUUAGUCUUUUAAUUUAGAUCACUUGACUUGAAGCCUACAGUAGGGUUUUGUUGCUGGAUAUCAAGAUCGACUACUUUGAUGAAAAAAGAUGUUGUUCAAAUCAAAGCUAAAAUGGGUAGCUUUAUUUGUGCUUGGAAUGUCAACGGCAUCUCUUGUGGUGCAUCUUUCUAUUACAAAAUUUUCAGAUAUGGGGUUGGUGCAAUACAGUCCCAUCUCAGGUUUUCGCCAGGACUUUGCUUCUUUAAUUGGAACUCAGGGUCGUUGGAACAAAAAGCUAUGGGGGCCUAUCAAGUCAUUAGAGUCUUUGCAGCCAUACGCCAACCCAAGGAACAAUUAUCCUGCUCCUACUGAAAAGGGCAAUGGUUUCAUAUAUGCAAAAGUUUUUGGUGGGUUUGCAAAAAUAAGAUCUUCGAUAUGUGAUCUUGUCACCAUAUCCAGGCUUCUAAAUGCUACUCUUGUCAUUCCAGAGAUUCAAGAAAGUCUUCGCUCAAAGGGAAUCAGUUAUAAGUUCAAGAGUUUUUCUUAUCUCUACGAUGAAGAGCAAUUUAUAGCAUCACUCACAAAUGAUGUAAUCAUUGUGAAGAGCCUCCCUGAAAAUUUGAAGGCAUCAAGGAAGAGGAAGGAGUUCCCGAAUUUUAAGCCCAAAAGUUCAGCUUCUCCAGAUUAUUAUAUCAAAGAAAUUUUACCGCAAUUACAGAAAGCCAAAGUUAUUGGAUUAAUUCUUACUGAUGGAGGAUGCCUGCAGUCCAUUCUUCCACCAAUCAUGUCUGAGUUGCAGAGACUUAGAUGCAGGGUUGCCUUCCAUGCGCUGCAGUUUCGUCCUGGAAUUCAGAUUCUUGGCCAGCGUAUGUUGGAAAGAUUACGAUCAUGGGGCCAUCCAAUUCUAGCUUAUCAUCCUGGUUUAGUGAGAGACACAUUGGCUUAUCAUGGUUGUGCAGAACUUUUUCAGGAUGUUCACACUGAACUCAUACAACACCGCAGGGCACAGAUGAUCAAACAAGGGAUUCUUAAAGAAAAACUUAGCAUGGACUCACACUUGCGUAGAGAUAAUGGUUCAUGUCCCCUCAUGCCUGAAGAGGUUGGAGUUCUCCUUCGGGCAAUGGGCUAUCCUCCAAAAACAAUUGUAUACCUUGCAGGUUCUGAAACUUUUGGCAGUCAACGUGUUCUUAUCCCUCUGCGUGGCAUGUUUCCCAAUUUAGUGGAUCGCACUUCCUUGUGCAGCAAGAAAGAAUUGUCUGACCUUAUUGGUCCUGAAACAUCACUUCCACUAGAUCUUUUUCAACCACCUCCUUCUAAAAAUGCAAAACAAUUGAAAGAAGAGUGGAAUAAGGCUGGUCCACGGCCUCGACCUCUUCCUCCACCUCCAGAUAGACCCAUUUAUCGACAUGAAAAAGAAGGUUGGUAUGGGUGGAUCACAGAGACUGACAAAGAACCAAAUCCUUCCGCUAUGGAUUUGAGGAUGCAAGCACAUAGGUUACUCUGGGAUGCUCUUGAUUAUAUUAUCUCUGUUGAAGCUGAUGCAUUCUUUCCUGGUUUUCACAAUGAUGGUAAAUGGCCAGAUUUUGCUGGUUUGGUUAUGGGACAAAGGCUUUACGAGAGUGCUUCAUCUAGAACAUAUAGGCCAGACAGAAAAGUUGUUGCCAAGUUAUUCAACAUUACUCGUGAGAAUCUUUACCAUCCCAAGCAUAAUUGGACCCUUUCAGUGAAGGAACAUCUGAACAAAAGCUUGGGUGAAGAGGGUCUUAUUAGGCAAUCCUUGCUGUCGAAGUCAAUGUUAUUUUUGUCACACCCUCUUCCAGAGUGCUCUUGUAGAAUUUCUUCUGUUAAGGUCCCAUAUCAAGUCAAAGGUAAUGGUGGCCGUUCUCUGUAUGGUGGUGAAGAUGAAUGCCCCAAAUGGAUACAGCAUGGUCAAGAAGCUGCUUCUUUGGACGCACGUGGUAAUAAUGAUAAUAGUGAAUCUUCAGAUUAUGAAGAAACAACUGAACUCUCCGAAUCUGAUGAUAAUGAUGGCAAAAAUACUGCAACUUUACCCUUUGAUCGUGAUGAAGAAUGGGAUCCUAAUGACUAGAAUUUAACACAACAAUGAUAAGAUUUCAUGGUUUUAUCAACAGCUGUGGCACUCUGGUUUCCAGAUUUUUCUACUGGAAUGUAAUUUUUCAGGGCACAGAAAGUAGCAUAAGCAGGUAAUUUUUUCAUUUUACACUUGCAGCGUAGCACUUGAGAGCAAUAAGUGUUCAGAUUUAUUCUUUUUAAGUUUCAAGAUACUCUCCAAUUACAGAAAAAGAAAAUUAGUUGUAUACUUUCAUAGAUCAGACAUUUUUUGGUGGGAAAGUUAUACAGUGAGUACAAGAUGAUCACAGGCAUAGCAGAAACUGGUUAUUUUCUUUUGUGAAACUGGGAAUGUUUCAUAGUGGGGGAGUUGAAUGUGGAUAUUGGACUUUCAUAGUACAAUCUCAAUCUGAAUCCCUAUGCUAUGAUCAUUAAGUACCAAGAAUUUUUGUUUGUAUAUUGAGAACUGCAUUUCAUGUCCAAGUGUAAAUUUUUGUUUCAGAAGAAUAUCGAUGAUGAGAUAAAUUUAUAUCUUUUUGGUGA